AUGGCUGCUGCGACUCCCAGGCAAAAAGUGGUGGUGGUGGGUGCCGGCCCCGUGGGAGCCCUGGCCGCGUUGUACGCUGCAUCCCGCGGCGAUGAAGUCGAAGUAUAUGAGUUGCGUGGAGAUCUCCGCGAUCCCACCACCGUGCCGCUUAACUUUACCAAGUCGAUCAACUUGGCCAUUUCAGAGCGUGGUCUCACUUCUCUUCGACAUUCUCAGCGAUCUGGUUUGAUCGAAAAUGUCCUCCGUCAGACUAUCCCCAUGUAUGGGCGGAUGAUCCACGGCCGAGACCGAGGGCAGUUAUGGGAGGCUGCUCAAGCUUAUGACGUUCAUGGUCAGGCCAUCAAUGCCGUGGAUCGCAGUGCAUUGAACAAUGCCCUCCUCGACGAGUUGGAGCGUGCUCCCAAUGUCAAGCUCUUCUUCAACUACAAGCUCACCGGUGCGGACUUCCGUACCAACAAAGCCUGGUUCGAGCGACGCAUCCCCGGCGAAACACCCCAGCCAGAUAACCUAGGUGUUGCCGGUCGAGUACCGGAAAUCGAAGUCUCAUACGACUACCUCAUCGGCGCGGAUGGCGCACACUCGGCCACCCGAUUCCACAUGAUGAAAUUCGCCCGCGUCGACUACCAACAAGAAUAUAUCGACACGCUAUGGUGCGAGUUCCGCAUUCCACCCUCGCAGGAUGGAAACUUCCGCAUCUCCCCAAAUCACUUGCACAUCUGGCCGGGCCGCGAGUUCAUGUUCAUCGCGUUGCCGUCGGCUGAUAAAUCUUUUACUUGUACAUUAUUCGCGCCCUCGGUGCACUAUACCGCCCUCGAGAACUCGCCGCAGGAUCUACAUGCGUUCUUCGAUGAACAUUUCCCCGGCGUGUGUCCGGAACUCAUCGAGCCCGAGGCUCUGAGCGAGCAAUUCGCCGUGAACCCGCAUCUCCCCUUGAUCAGUAUUAAAUGCAAGCCGCACCACUUUAGCUCGAGCGUGGCUAUACUCGGUGAUGCGGCACAUGCCGUACUCCCCUUCUACGGACAGGGACUUAAUGCAGGUCUGGAAGACGUCCGUGUUCUCUUCGAGCACCUCGAUGAACACGGCGUCUACGAUCAAGACGUUAGCGUCUACACCCGGAGCGUGAGACGCCAAGCCGCCUUCCAAGCGUACACUAAUCAGCGCUGCGAGGAUACCUAUGCUAUCAACGACCUAUCAAAGGAGAAUUACCUCGAGAUGCGGUGGGGUGUCAAGUCCCCGCUCUACAAGCUACGCAAGUCCGUCGAGGAAACCCUUGAUCGUCAUCUUCCAUCUCUGGGGUGGAGGACACAGUAUGCUCGUGUGAGUUUCAGCAACCAGCGGUAUUCGGAGGUCGUUCGUGCUGUGGCCCGGCAGGGCGAAUUGCUCGGUAGGGGUCUGAGUGCUGCACUGGUCGUUACUGUUGGUGCGGCGUCGAUAUUGAUGUGGAGGUAUCCGCGGUACUUUUCGCCGGUGCGGUUCUUCCGUGCUUCUCUGCGGUACCUGUCUAGCAUUUGGUAG